UCUCUCUCCAAAGACACCAGUCAAUCACAAUUCACAAUUUCUUCCACUUGCCUCUCAUCAAAAUCACUUCUUUUGCUUCCCUUCAUUCUUCAAUAGCUUCCAUGAUUUGAGCUAUGUUUUCUUGAAAAACUCUCUCUUUGUUUUCUCUCUCCCAAAAAAAACAAAUGGAAUUUAUGGAGCCACACCCCAAAAAUCAAGGACCCAAUAACAAUUCCACCUCCGCCGAUCACCGCCGCCACCUCCACCACCACCUCCAAAGUCAAACCGAACCCGGCCCAUCCCCACCCCAUGGGCCAUUGAUGGGCUCCAUCUCCCUCCAACAACCAAGAAACUUAGCCCACUCCCCCUCCUCUGCCUCCGCCGCUGCUACCAGUACUGCUCUCGUCGCUAUUCCUAAUAACAGCGACGACAACAAUACCAACAGCAGCGGCGGCGGCCUGGCGACCAAUAAUAACAAACUGGUCGCCAAGAAGCCGUCCAAGGACCGCCACACCAAAGUAGACGGCCGCGGGCGGCGCAUCAGGAUGCCGGCCCUGUGCGCCGCCCGCGUCUUCCAGCUCACCCGCGAGCUGGGCCACAAGUCGGACGGCGAGACCAUCGAGUGGCUCCUCCACCAGGCCGAGCCGGCCAUCAUCGCCUCCACCGGGACCGGCACCAUCCCCGCGAACUUCUCGACGCUCAACGUCUCGAUGCGCAGCAGCGGCACCACCUUCUCCGCGCCGCCGUCGAAGUCCGCGCCGCUGUUCCUCGGCGGCGCCGCCGCCGGCAUGCUCGGUUUCCACCACCAGCUCGCCGCUAAUUCCCAUUUCGGCCAAGAACCGGAUGAGAAUUACCUCAAGAAACGGUUCAGGGGAGACGAUGCCAGCGGCGCUGCCUCCCCUAAACCGGGGAGAGCCGGCGGCCACGAUCAGGAACCGGGUCAGGAGCAUAAACCCGGUUCGUCGCAGCCGUCGAGCUACAUCCAGGCUCCCGCCAUGUGGGCGGUGGCCCCUGCCGCCGCCAACGUGGGGAACGCCUUCUGGAUGCUCCCGGUAACCGGGAGCGCCGCCGCGACGGCAGCCGGGCAGCAGGAGUGGCAGUACAAGGCCCCCUCCGCCGCGGCGCAAAGAAUAGGCGGCUUCGAGUUCCAAGGAACCGGCCGGUUCAGCCCGGUUCAACUCGGGUCAAUGGUUUUGCAGCAACAACAACAACAAACGCCAGUUCAUCAACUGGGCCUCGGCGUCCCCGAGACUAAUAUGGGAAUGCUCGCGUCAAUAAACGCGUACAAUAAUAACAACAACAACAACAACCACAACGGAAUUGAUCUUGGUAUGAAUUUGGAUCACCACCACCAUCAGCACCACCAGAGUCAACCGCAACAAAGCGACAGCGACGACGAAACGGCAAAAGAUUCACAAUAGUAACAAAAUAAAAAUCUUGACGAGUUUGCACCACCAUUUCCAUAUUUCUCCUUGCUUGGUAGUAUUUUUUUACCUUCUCAAUUUUUUAUCAUAGGUUAGGGUAAAAAAAUGAUUAAUAUUUGUGUGCAUAUCUUUAAUUAUUGGCUUUUUGAGUACUUAAAUUAGGUAACAUUGCAUUUUGUGGACAACAAAUUUGAGUAUGUUGGUUUCAAAAUAGAAAAUUGUGGGAUUUGUGUAUGAUUUUUAUAUUUUUAGAAGUAAAUAUUUCAGUGCAGAAAAACCUGAUAGGUUUUGAAAUUUGUGCUUGUUUUAUUUAAUGUGUGACAGUACUUAUUCAUUCUGUGGUGAGCAAUCAAGGUAUGAUUUUCCUGA